AUGUUCUCUGCAAUUAAAUUGGUGGUACUUGGAGAUGGCGCUGUGGGCAAGACAUCCCUUCUCAUUACCUACACGACCAAUACAUUUCCAACUGAUUAUGUCCCCACCGUGUUCGACUGUUAUACAGAGCGGCAUAUAGUUGAUAAUACCGACGAAUUCCUUAUCGGCCUGUUUGACACGGGGGGCGGCGAAGAUUACGACCGCCUUCGGCCAUUGUCGUACCCAUCGACGGACGUAUUCCUGCUUUGCUUUUCUGUGGUUGAGCCAAUCAGCUUCGAAAACAUCCGGUCAAAGUGGGCGCCUGAGGUGGCCCACCAUCUUCCUUCUGCCGCUGUCCUGGUCGUUGGAACCAAGAUCGAUUUGCGGAAUGACGCAACAAUUGUUGAUAUGUUGCAUGACAAGUAA